AUGACCGUUGCCCAGCCUGUCGGGGACGAGAACACAGACAGCAGCCCCGCCGCCCUGAAGCUGCCCCGCGAUGUCGCCGGCGGCUGGUGGUGGGACCAGAAGCCCACGGGCACCAAGGACCGACCACACAAAUGCCUACACAGGCCCUGCGAGACAGCCUGCAAGCUCUGGGCCGUGGCACUGUCCCUUGGGAUCAGCUGUGUUUUUAUCGUCAAGAACAACCUGCAUCAAAAUUGCUUCUUUGGGCGUCUACAUCUGCUCAAUAUUAACGGCAGCACCUUUGCAAGUCAUACAUUCCGCUCAAGUGCCUAG